AUGGAAUGCGGUGGCACCACUGAGCAUGGUGGCAUCAACGACGACAAGAAUCAUCAAGCAUCGACAAGCAUCGACACAGCAUCGACAAGCAUCAACAAACAUCAACAAGCAUCGACACAGCAUCAACAAGCACCACCAAGCAUCAUCAAGCAUCACCAAGCAUCACCAAGCAUCUACAAGCAUCACCAAGCAUCAACACGCAUCAACAAGCAUCACCAAGCAUCAACACGCAUCAACACGCACAACCCUGCCCCCAGCAGCACCAAUAAACCUAGUCGUGCUCGGCUCGUCUCCCCAACCUUUCCCCGUGCCUUCUGCCUAGAAUAUUGA